UAGUGAGAGGAGCAGGAGUAGUGAGAGGAGCAGGAGUAGUGAGAGGAGCAGGAGUAGUGAGAGGAGCAGGAGAAGUGAGAGGAGCAGGUCCAGGGAGAAGAGCAGGCCUAAGGAGAGGGCAAGGUAGAGGUAUAAGAAUGCGUGGUGGUGGCAUUCUAAGGGCUACAAGGGCAGUGGUGAGUGAUGGAAUUCGUGCCACUAUCAUUGACCAUGUGAUAAACCACGGUCUUUCACUAAGGGAGGCUGGUGAAAGAGUACAGCCCAAUUUGGGGCGGUCAACGGUUGCGUCAAUUAUACGCAUCUUUCAACAAACCAACAGGUAAGUUUGCAUUUUACAUGGAUUGUUUCUAUUCUCACUUGACAUGUCAAUGAGGCCAUACAGUAAUGCAUAUGUUGAUUUUUUUUGUCCCUCAAAAGAAUGCAACGUCUUCCUCCCUCUGGGGGAAGAGGUAAGCUCCUUAAUCAUCAACAAGAGCUUGCCAUAGUAGAUAUGGUUGUUGCAAAUAACGCAAUUAAACUGCAUGAGAUUCAAAGCAGAAUUUUGGAGGACCAAGAGAUAUUUCACAAUAUCAAUAGCAUCAGCCUCGCAACCAUUACGCGGACAUUGUCCAAACACAGAGUGCGGAUGAAACAGCUCUACACUGUUCCCUUUGAGAGGAACAGUGAGCGAGUCAAGGUGCUACGACAACAAUAUGUCCAGAGAGUUAUGGAAUUGGAGGCCAACCAGGCCCCUCAUGAAUUCGUAUACGUGGAUGAGGCAGGAUUUAAUCUGGCCAAAAGGCGUCGACGUGGAAGAAAUGUCAUUGGAAAAAGGGCCACAGUUGAUGUUCCUGGACAGAGAGGGGCAAAUAUCACUAUGUGUGCGGCAAUUUCAAAUGCAGGAUCACUCCUCCACAAAUGUCAGGUUGGACCUUACAACACCGAGCGCCUCCUUGCUUUUCUCGAUGAUCUCCACCAGCGCCUGGUUCCAGAGCAGGAUCAGGAGGGUGAAAACAGGAGGACCUUCGUUAUCACCUGGGACAACGUGGCCUUCCAUCACUCACAAGCAGUUACAGCAUGGUUUGAGGUCCACUCAAGACUGAUUCGUCUAUUUCUUCCACCCUAUUCACCUUUCCUCAACCCCAUAGAGGAGUUCUUUUCUACAUGGAGGUGGAAAGUCUAUGACCAUCAGCCACAUGACCAGUUGUCCCUCCUUGAAGCCAUGGAUGCUGGCUGCAGGGACAUCACAGUUGAUGAUUGUCAAGGGUGGAUCAGGCAUUCCAAGCGGUUUUAUCCAAGGUGUAUCGCCUUGGAUAACAUCAGAUGCGAUGUGGAUGAAAACUUGUGGCCUAACCCUGAAGAUCGCAGGGAUUAG